AUGAAUAUUUCUGGUCUAUGUCUUUUCUUUUGUCUUCUCUUCACAAUCGUUUCAUGUGAUGAGCACGAUCAUAGAUACCAAGAUGGUAGUGAAGUUGUUCUAUGGAUGAAUACCGUUGGCCCUUAUCAUAAUCGACAAGAAACAUAUAAUUAUUUUUCUUUGCCAUUCUGUCGAGGAACGAAACAAGAAAUCUCACAUUAUCAUGAAACACUAGGCGAAAAUAUCUUAGGUGUAGAAUUAGAAUACAGUGGAGUAGAGAUCAAUUUCAAGCGAGAUAAACCUAGAACUGAUAUUUGUGAAAAAAUUGUGACACCGGAAGCGUACGAUGAAUUGACGUAUGCAAUCAAGAAUCAUUACUGGUAUCAAAUGUUUAUCGAUGAUUUGCCGAUUUGGGGAAUUGUUGGCGAAAUGGACGAAUCGGGUAAAUCGGCGUUCAUCUGGACGCAUAAGAAAUUUGAAAUCGCAUAUAACGAGGAUCGAAUCAUUGAUGUUAAUUUAACAUCGGAAGCGAAGGUUAACAUCAAACCGAAUACUGCAUUGAAGUUUACUUAUGAAGUUAUUUGGAAACCAACAUCGGUUCCAUUUGCCAAACGAUUUGAAAAAUAUUUAGAUCCAGGAUUCUUCCAACAUAAAAUUCAUUGGUUUUCAAUCUUUAAUUCGUUUAUGAUGGUUUUAUUUCUUGUCGGACUUGUCAGUAUGAUUUUAUUGCGAACAUUAAGAAAAGAUUAUGCACGAUAUGGCAAAGACGAUGACUUAGAUGAUAUGGAACGAGACCUCGGUGAUGAAUACGGAUGGAAACAAGUUCAUGGUGAUGUAUUUCGUCCUCCAGCUCAUCCAAUCCUUUUUGCUUCAUUGAUUGGCUCUGGAUAUCAAAUCGCCACUGUCUCGACACUGUGUAUCUUAACCACCAUUGCAUUUGACCUUUACACCGAACGUGGAUUAUUGUUCAGUACCGCUAUAUUUCUCUAUGCCGCUUCGUCAGUUGUCAAUGGUUAUGCAGGUGGAAGUUUAUACGCUCGAAUGAAAGGACAACUAUGGAUUAAACAAUUAUUAGUUGGCGCAUUUCUUGUUCCUACAAUCAUCUGUAGUGUCGCGUUCUUGGUUAAUUUUAUUUCAAUCUACUAUGGUUCAUCACGUUCGAUUCCAUUUACUGUUAUGUUGAGUGUGACAGCAAUUUGUUUGUUCAUUAUCUUGCCAUUAACAGCCGUCGGAACUGUCUUAGGACGAAAUAUUAGCGGAGAACCAAAUGUACCUUGUCGCACAAAUGCAGUACCACGACCCAUACCGGAAAAGAAAUGGUUUAUGGAACCAAACGUGAUUAUUCUCGCAAGUGGAAUCUUACCAUUCGGAUCAAUAUUUAUCGAAAUGUAUUUCAUCUUCACUUCGUUUUGGGCCUAUAAGAUUUACUAUGUUUAUGGAUUUAUGUUACUCGUAUUCUUAAUACUUGCUGUCGUAACUGUAUGUGUAACAAUCGUAGCGACCUACUUCAUGCUCAAUGCCGAAGAUUAUCGAUGGCAAUGGACAAGUUUCUUAUCGGGCGCCUCAUCCGCAUUCUACGUAUAUUUAUACGCUGUUUAUUAUUUCUUCUUUAAGACAAAAAUGUAUGGAAUGUUCCAAACAGUCUUUUAUUUUGGUUAUAUGGCUUUAUUUUCUCUUGGUCUUGGCAUUAUGUGCGGCACAUUUGGUUAUAUUGGCACUCAAGCGUUCGUUCGAAAAAUUUAUUCAAUUAAAAUAGACUGA